CAAAAACAAUACAAAUAUGACCAUAACACUACCACUACGGGAAAAAAUGACUACCAUUUAAAAAAAAUCACUACGAAAAAAAAUGACUAUCAUUUAAAAAAAACAUACUAAUCCUUAAAAGAUUGUUGGAGGUCGGCACGACAACCCAAGGCAUGGGUCGUUUUCAGGUUUGGAAUGUGAUUUGAAUGAAGCAUGGGUUGCGUUUUCGGGAAAGAGCUGAGCGGCAAGAGGCCGACCGGCGGUGGAGGUAGUCUUCCCUGGCUUCGUGAUUUGGAAAAGGGACAAGAGCGAAUUCCCUCUUCCCCCUCUCUCGAGAUUUCUGCUCGACCCAUCUGGAUUUCUGUCUCAUGCACCGUCUCAGCGGCGCCGCCCGCCCAGCUACGUGAACCUUCUCCCUCUCUGUGUGUUUGGUUUGGUUUGUCGCGGGAUGGCGGAGGAGCGGGAGAGUCUCGCCGUCACAAUCAGCAGCAGCAAGAUGGUGCUGUGGAAAAUCAUAUCGGAAAUGGAGUCGGGAAGAAAGCUUUGCUGCUGCUAGUGUUAGCAAGCCGAAAGGCGAGAGGAGAAUGUCGUCAGACAAAGCAAACCCUAAGCCAUCGUCGGGGAGGGUGAGAGCUUGCGGCUACGGUGGGUUUGGCUGUAGAAGUAGGGUUAGGGUAGAAUAUAUAGAAUAAUCAAGUGUGGUCCUUUUUUUUCUUCCAAAAUUAUCAUCAAGCAAUCUUAACCGUAAGAUUAAAAAAAGAGGAAAGAGAAGAAAAUAAAUGGUGGAUACUGAUGUAGCCACGAUGGCUACUAGAAAUUCAAUUUCCACCCUAACGCAUUCCGAGGUGAUAAUAACAUUUUAAAGAUCCA